UCCCCGGUCUCUCUCUCUUUCUCUCCCCCCGCCGGCCGCAACCUUCGGCGCGCAACUCUCCGCGCCACCAACACCACGAGCAAAAUUAAGCAAGAAGACGAGGGGAGGACGCGCGCGCGGAAGGAGGGUCCGACUCCGACAUGAGUCUUCCCCUUGUCUCCCUCCCAUCGCCACCGCCUCCCCUAUACUCGCUCCGUCUCCAUGGCGCGGCUUCUUCUCCUCCUCCUUCUCUCCGCCGCUACGGCCGCCGCCGCCGUCAACCCCCGCCGCUCCCUCGCCGCGCAGACCAGAGGCGACGUGGCGUCCUUGGCCGCUGGGAGCCCGAUGGUGGCGGGGGUCAUGAACGACCGCCUCAAGUCCAUCACCACCUCAUUCGCGCAGCAGAUGGGCAGGGAGUUCCACUACUGCAUCAAGAACAUGGAUGACGAGUGGAACACCGCCUUCAAUUUCUCCUCCGAUCCCACCUUCCUCACCAACUGCAUGAAGGAGACCAACGGAGACCUACCACAGCGUGUGUGCACGGCCGCUGAGAUGAAGUUCUACUUUGAAAGCUUCCUCGAAGGCAAUGGAAAAAAGAACUACGUCAGACCAAACAAGAACUGCAACCUCACAUCAUGGAUCGAUGGCUGUGAGCCUGGAUGGGCAUGCAGUGCUGGCAAAGAACAGCAGGUCAACUUACAAGAUGCUGUCAACUUCCCUUCUAGAACUCUUGAUUGUCGAGGUUGCUGUGCUGGCUUCUUUUGCCCUCAUGGCCUCACUUGCAUGAUACCAUGUCCUUUGGGAGCAUACUGUCCCGGGUCCACUUUAAAUAAAACAACAGGAGUCUGUGAUCCGUACAACUAUCAGCCACCUCCUGGGAAGCCGAAUCAUACUUGUGGUGGUGCUGAUAGAUGGGCAGAUGUCGUUAGUACCGAUGAUGUUUUUUGUCCAGCUGGUUACUACUGUCCAAGCACUAUAAAGAAACUCUCUUGUAGUAGUGGGUUUUACUGCAGGAAGGGUUCAACUUCACAAACCAAAUGCUUCAAUAAGGGCAGCUGUAAACCAAACUCUGUGAAUCAGGACAUUACCAUAUUUGGUGCACUGCUAGUGGGUGCCUUGAGCUUAGUGCUGUUGAUCAUUUACAACUUCUCUGGACAACUUCUAAUAAACCGGGAGAAAAAGCAAGCAAAAUCUAGGGAGGCUGCUGCAAGACAUGCAAGAGAGACUGCACAGGCUCGUGAAAGGUGGAAAUCAGCUAAAGAUGUCGCAAAAAAGCAUGCUGUGGGCCUGCAGUCAUCACUGUCCCGCACAUUCUCACGCAAAAAGACUCUUAGGACACACGAACCGUCCAAAGGAGGUACCGGUCUGCCUCCAACUGAAUCUGAUGCUGGGCCAUUGAAAGAAUCAGGAGGAGAUAAGAAUAAUCUUACUGACAUGAUGCGCUCACUCGAAGAGAACCCUGAAAAAGGCGAAGGCUUCAAUGUUGAAAUAGGAGAAAAAAAGAAGACCAAAGGGAGACAUGCGCACACUCAGAGCCAAAUUUUCAAGUAUGCAUACGGACAAAUUGAAAAGGAAAAGGCAAUGGAACAGCAGAAUCAAAAUCUUACCUUUUCAGGAGUGAUAUUGAUGGCCACUGAAGACGAUAUCAAGAAAAGACCCUCAAUUGAGAUUGCUUUCAAAGACCUUACUCUAACCUUGAAGGGGAGUAAGAAAAAACUUCUAAGAUCUGUGACAGGAAAGCUUAUGCCUGGUCGGGUAGCUGCUGUGAUGGGCCCAUCAGGCGCGGGAAAGACCACAUUCUUGAGUGCUAUCGCUGGUAAGGCAACUGGAUGCGAGACAACAGGUAUGAUACUUAUAAAUGGGAAAUUGGAACCUAUUCGUGCAUACAAGAGAAUCAUUGGCUUUGUCCCGCAAGAUGAUAUUGUCCACGGGAAUUUGACUGUUCAAGAGAAUCUCUGGUUCAAUGCAAGAUGCAGGCUUUCUGCUGACAUGUCAAAAGCUGAUAAGGUUCUGGUCGUGGAAAGAGUUAUUGAGUCGUUGGGACUGCAAGCAGUUCGUGAUUCUUUGGUUGGAACUGUUGAACAGCGUGGCAUCUCAGGUGGCCAGCGCAAACGAGUAAAUGUAGGGCUAGAAAUGGUCAUGGAACCCUCCGUGCUUAUUUUAGAUGAGCCAACAUCGGGUUUGGACAGUGCUUCAUCCCUGCUUUUACUUCGCGCCCUACGAAGGGAAGCUCUUGAGGGUGUCAACAUAUCUAUGGUCGUUCAUCAACCCAGUUAUACGCUGUAUAAGAUGUUCGAUGAUUUGAUACUUCUCGCGAAAGGUGGUAUGACUGUGUACCACGGGCCUGUAAAGAAAGUGGAGGAAUACUUUGCAGGAUUGGGCAUUGUUGUGCCGGAUCGUGUGAACCCACCAGACUACUAUAUAGACAUCUUGGAAGGAAUUGUGAAGCCAAACUCAAAUGCACCUGUAAAUGUCAAAGAUCUCCCUAUCAGAUGGAUGCUGCACAAUGGAUAUGAAGUUCCACGAGAUAUGCUGCAGAGUGCUUCUGACGCAGAAUCAUCUUUCAGGGGGGGAGGGGAUCAUGCCUUAGGUGAUGACUCUGGGCAAUCUAUUGCUGGUGAAGUGUGGGGCAAUGUCAGGGACAUAGUUGGACAGAAGAAAGAUGAGUAUGAUUACAAUAAGUCUUCUGAAAACUUAUCGAAUCGACGCACUCCUGGGAUCCUUAGGCAAUACAAAUACUACCUGGGGAGGUGUGGCAAGCAGAGGCUUCGUGAGGCUAGAAUACAAGGAGUUGACUAUCUGAUACUGGGUCUUGCUGGUAUCUGUUUAGGCACACUAGCAAAAGUGAGCGAUGAGACAUUUGGAGCACUUGGUUACACAUACACUGUCAUUGCUGUCUCUCUGCUGUGCAAGAUUGGGGCCCUGAGAUCAUUUUCGCUCGAGAAGAUACACUACUGGAGGGAGAGAGACUCUGGCAUGAGCUCGCUGGCAUACUUCCUGUCGAAAGAUACAAUAGAUCACUUCAACACGAUCAUCAAGCCAAUGGUGUACCUCUCCAUGUUUUACUUCUUCAACAACCCAAGGUCGUCAAUUUGGGAGAACUACGUGGUUCUUGUGGCGCUUGUCUACUGUGUGACGGGAAUCGGCUACACCUUUGCCAUCUUCUUCCAGCCUGGUUCCGCACAGCUGUGGUCGGCGCUGCUUCCGGUUGUUCUAACUCUAAUAGCAACCCAGCAGAAGGACACCUUCUUUGCUAAUCUGUGCUACACAAAGUGGGCUCUGGAAGCAUUUGUGAUUGCGAAUGCUCAGAGGUAUUCUGGCGUGUGGCUGAUAACGCGGUGCGGUUCGCUGGUGAAGAGUGGGUACAACAUCAACGACAAGAUUCUGUGCAUAGUGGUUCUUGCGGUGAACGGGGUGAUAUUCCGGUGUGUGGCAUUCUUCUGCAUGGUGAUCUUCCAGAAGCACUGAUAUAUGAGCAUGCUCUGUUCCUUGUUUGUUUGUCUUUCUGUCUGUCGGCCCAUAGAUAGAUAACAAUGUGGCAUAGCAGCAGAUGAUUUGUUCAUCAUGGCAUGUAGCGAGUAGAAGAAGAAUACAUUAUACAUGCAGUGUUGCUACAGUAGAAAGGGAAUGCCAGAUAACAAGUUGAUACUCCAUAUGAGAGGAAAGAAAAAAUGGAAUCCUUCCCUCC